GAAUUGCGGAUCCUUCUAUUCCCUCAAAUUGAAGAAGAUGAAAUGCAGCGACCAAUUGCUAGAAAGGUUCUGGCUGAUCGUCAUAUCUACUACUCUCGACCAAUGCCUAUCAGCACAGGGUUACCUGUCCUUUCUGAUCUCGGCGAGGCUAGAGUCGGAAACUAUAAGCACCGAGGUGAUAUCAUGCCGGGCAUUUACCGUGUACCGGAAGUGAUCUUGGAUAUGCAGUGGAAUUGUAAGGUUGAUAUCUGGUCUGUUGGGACAAUGACCCAGUCUUGGGAUUUGGCGGAAAGCAGCCAUUUAUUGUACGCAAAGAAAGACUAUAUCCUCAGUGACGAACAGCACCUGGCGGAAAUGGUGUCUCUCCAUCCUGAAUUUCUUCGACGGAGUGAAAAAGCCCUUCAAUACUGGGACAACAAAGGUAUUUCCUUUACCUGUUACCUGUGCAAUCUUUGGAUUCUAAUCUGGUAUUCUUCUUAUAGGGAAACUGGAAAGAAAUCGUUGGAAAUAAGAGAGCGCCAAUUUUGGGGCGAAAACAAAGAACUUUUUCUAACUUUCUUGCGGAGAAUAUUCCGCUGGCUGCCCGAGGAGCGACCUACUGCAGAGGAGCUCGUCUAUGAUGGGUUUUUGAUGCAGCCACUGUUCCAAGCAAGGUCAACAGCUUGA